AUGCCACCUAUAUAUGAUCCUGUCAUGAUGUCAUGGUUCUUUAACCCAUUCCAUGCUUAUCUUGAUGAUCAUGGACAAAUUGUAAGUAAUUUGUCUAAAAUGCAAAAAAUUUUACAAAAAAUAAAUUUUAAAAAAUUUUAGUUAUAUCAUAUUUGAACUAUAAUUCAACAUAUUUUAAAUCCCUUUUUUACUUUUCCAAUAUCAUUUUGACGCUUUGUAUACUUUUCAAAUAACUUUCGUGACAUUUUGUCUAUCCACCAAUCUUUGCUAAACUUUUAUGUAGUUUAUUAAUACUACUCGUGCUACAUUUCAGUAUUACAACAUUUUUCACGUUGCCAACAAUAUCUUCGUUUGUGUAGCCCAUACUGGUGUGUAUAUUGUGUUUGUCAACUUAUAUAUGAAAAGAGUCAGAUUAGCUGACAAAAAGACAUUCAGAGACAAAAAUGUAAGUAAAAUCUGCUUAAACGCGUUGUUCCUUGACAAUUUUAACAUGUUUUGUAAAAAGAAGUGGCAACUCUUGUUGUACUUUAUAUUAUACAUGAUAAGGUCAAGUCAAUCUUUUAGGCUUUUCUUCACUGUAAAGUAAAAAACUAUUGUAAAUUAGAAAAACUUAGUAAAAGCAGAUUUAUCGAUUAAUUUUAGACGUACAUCCAAGUUAUUUCAAUUGGCUCGAUUCAUUUCAUUGCUAGUGUGUUGUACGUUGUACAACAAUUCAUGCCAGUGUCGUUCUACAGCACUUUAUUGGGGUCUGGCUUUUAUCUCAUGUCGCAAGGUAAUGUUUGGUAAAGGAAAAAUUAUAUUUCGUUAGAUUUUUGCGUAGUUACCCUACUUAUAUGUAGCUUUUCUAUAUUUCUCUCGACUAUUAUUAUCCUACAUUACCAUAUUCUGCCACCUCCUCAAUAACUCUAUUCUACUCUACGCUACUGUAAUCUAGUAUACUUUGCUUUUCCCUAACUUAUUCUACCCUAACAUACCCUAUUUUAUCAUACAUUGGUUUACCUUACCUUACGCUACUCCACCAUUAUUCACUAUCGUAACUUGUUUUAACUAAAGUUACCCUACUCUUUGAGCUCAAGCUUUGGUCAUAACAUUAUAUAAUAAUUAGUAACCCGUGUUUUUUAGGUUUACCUCCUUUCAUUUACUUAAAGUAUAACAAGAGUAUACGGAACACUUUGAAAAGAAGCUGUGUGUCAAUCAAUUUCCGAGUCAGCACAGUGCAAAAGACUCACAGUAGUAUAAAUUCGAAAGAGCUUCAUUAA